UGAGACAAGUUCUCUGUGGAUUGCAGCCUUCAGCCUUCUCCUCUUGUUUUCUCAAGCAGGGAGUAAGAUGGUGUUCCAACAUCAGAUCACCAGUUUUGAUUUCUGGAAUCACUCUCUCAGAAGCCACUUCAUUCCUGAAGGACACUAACCAUUGUUUUGGAAACCAAGAAGCCCCUGCAGUCAUGAGCUCUGAUGCAGAGAUGGCCAUUUUUGGAGAAGCAGCUCCCUACCUGUGGAAAUCAGAGAAGGAGAGAAUCGAGGCUCAAAAUCGCCCAUUUGAUUCUAAGAAAGCUUGCUUUGCAGUGGAUGAUAAGGAAUUUUAUGUGAAAGGUAUGAUCCAGAGCAAGGAAAAUGACAAAGUCACAGUCGAGACCCUCGACAACCGGACACUCACUCCGAACAGUGACCAAGUCUUCCCCAUGAACCCUCCCAAAUUUGACAAGAUCAAGGACAUGGCCAUGAUGACCCACCUACACGAGCCAGGAGUGCUGUACAACCUCAAAGAGCGUUACGCAGCCUGGAUGAUCUACACCUACUCAGGCCUCUUCUGUGUCACCGUCAACCCCUACCAGUGGCUGCCAGUGUACAACCCUGAGGUGGUGACGGCCUACAGAGGCAAAAAGCACCAGGAGGCCCCGCCCCACAUCUUCUCCAUCUCUGACAACGCCUAUCAGUUCAUGUUGACUGAUCGAGACAACCAGUCCGUCCUCAUUGCAUGAAUAACCUGUGUUGUUGCCAUGAUGACUUGGAAGGGGCUGUCCAUUCCUUCUGCUCUCCUUUAGCUCACUUACUUUUUUUAAAAAAUUAUUUUAUUGAAGUAUACUUGAUUUACAAUGUUGUAUUAAUGUCUGCUGUACAGCAAAGUGAUUCAGUUAUACAUAUAUAUUCCUUUGCAUAUUCUUUUCCAUUUUGUUUUAUCACAAGGUAUUGAAUAUAGUUCCCCGUGCAAUGCAGU